AUUUCCCUCAGUCCUCAGACAGAGGGAGAGCCACAGCGUGCCAGAGCCCAGAGUGGGCAAGGGAAGAGCUGAGAUGAACCUCCUUCCGUCCUUCUCGGUUGAGACCUGGGCUCUCUUGCUCAUUUUCUUAGCUCUCCUGACAUUAUACGGGAUCUGGCCAUUUGGUUUGUUCAAGAAGUUAGGUAUUCCCGGGCCAAGGCCUCUACCUUUCUUUGGGACGUGCCUGGAAUAUCGCAAAGGUUUCGUGGAGUUUGACAAUGCAUGCUUUGAGAAAUACGGGAAAGUCUGGGGGUUUUACGACGGCAGGCAACCUGUGCUGGCUGUCAUGGAUCCCCAAAUUAUUAAAACUGUGCUGGUCAAAGAGUGCUACAACAUCUUCACCAACCGGAGGCACGCAGAUCUAGCAGGGCCGCUGAGCAACGCUAUCUCGCUAGCUGAAGAUGAACACUGGAAAAGGCUUCGUACUGUGCUCUCUCCAACCUUCACCAGUGGGAAACUAAAGGAGAUGUUUCCCAUAAUAAAGCACUAUGCGGAAGCUUUGGUGAAAAAUGUUCAGAAGGAAGUGGAAAAGGACAAGUCUAUAGCUGUGAAGGACAUCUUUGGAAGCUACAGCAUGGAUGUUGUCACUAGCACUUCGUUUGGUGUGAACAUUGAUUCCAUGAACAACCCCAAAGAUCCAUUUGUCAGAGAGAUGAAGAAGCUCGUCAAGUUUGACUUUUUUGACCCGCUCUUCAUUCUGAUAUUUGUUUGCCCAUUCCUUAUUCCUCUUUUUGCUAAGAUGAAUAUAAGCUUCUUCCCCAAAGAUGCUGUAGAUUUCUUCAUAAGGUCAAUCUCCAAAAUUAAGAAGAAUCGUGAAAAGGAAACCCACCAGGGCAGAGUAGAUUUUCUGCAGAUGAUGAUUGAAUCCCAGAACUCAGCCUCUCCUGGCAGCAAUGAAGUGAAUCACACGUAUAAAGCCCUGACUGACACGGAGAUUCUGUCACAAGCGGUUAUUUUCAUCUUCGCUGGAUACGAGCCCACCAGCAGCACGCUUUCCUACCUUGCGUAUGAGCUGGCCACACACCCUGACGUACAGCAGAAACUGCAGGAGGAAAUCGAUUCUGUUCUGCCCAACAAGGCUCCGCCCACGUAUGAAGCUGUGAUGCAACUGGAAUAUCUUGACAUGGCUGUGAACGAAACUCUCCGGCUCUUCCCUCUUGGAGGACGACUUGAAAGAACCUGCAAGAAAAGCGUAGAAAUAAACGGUGUGACCAUUCCAAAAGGGGUUGUGGUUAUGAUCCCACCCUACACCCUGCACCGCGACCCCGAGCACUGGCCGGAGCCGGAAGAGUUCAGACCAGAAAGGUUCAGUAAGGAAAAUAAAGAGGCCAUAGAUCCGUAUACGUUCCUGCCCUUCGGAGCGGGUCCCAGGAACUGCAUUGGCAUGAGGUUUGCUCUCCUGACUCUGAAAGCGGCCAUCGUCAUCCUGCUGCAGCAUUUCACCUUCCGGACCUGCAAGGAAACUCCGAUCCCUCUCAAGCUGAAUUCACAGGGAUUCUUAACACCCCAGAAACCUAUUUUUCUGAAGUUAGUCCCUAGAACUGACACUACACCUGCCAAGGCAUAAAACCCAGCGGAGUUUGCAACAGUCCUCCGGAGUCUGAUGGAUACUGUGUGAACAAGGGUUUGCAUAUCACAGGAAAGCUCUCACAUACACAUAUGGAAGAGCAGCUCUAGUUAAUUCUGGAAGCAAUUACUGCAUAUUUACCCCAAAACAUAGCUGUCAGAAAUGUAAUGUGGUUCACUGGGCAGUGACAAUGUACAGCUUUCCUACUCGUGAUUGCAGAAAACAGGAAAUAAAUCCAACUGAGGAACUGAUCAUCCGCUCACUUCUAGGGGGACUUCUCCAUCUGGAGAUACUGUCGCAUCCAAGAGAAACAAGGUGUGAUGGAAAUGCAAAUCGCUAGACCUAGCUGGGCAGGGACGGGUGAUGUUCUUCUCAAUGUCUUAAUGCUUGAAGUGUUGUGUGUUAUGCAAUUGAGCCAACUGGUGUGAGACUAUAUCCUAGCUACCAAACCUCUCUUGUGCCAUGUGUUAAUUAAACUAAAGUGUGUACAAAUAUUGUCAUUAAAAAUAUUUGAGAGCUGC